UCAGAAAAUGAGCGACAGCAAAAAAUGGCGAAUGCGCUAAAGAGUAGUGGUGGAGCUGUUCUGCUCUCAUCACUCUCCUCCUUCUUCUCAGCUACAUCUUCAACUCACCGCUCCCUCAUUUCCAACGCCACGCGCUUCCGUCGCAACCAGUUCCCUCUUUUCUCCAUUUCUUCAUCAUCAUCAGUAACAAGAAGAUGGAGCAGAACCCCAUCUGGGUUCCCUUCAUUUUGCACACUUUCUUCUUCUUCUUCUUCUGAAACAGUGGCGGAACCCACAACGGCAUCCAAUGAUGGUAAUGGUGAAGGCACUGAGAAGAACGAUAAUAAUAGUGCUAAAGAUGCGGCGGGGUUACUUGAUAUAAGGGUUGGUCAAAUUGUGAAAGCGUGGAAGCAUGAAGAAGCUGAUUCUCUUUAUGUGGAAGAGGUUGAUAUUGGUGAGCCUGAACCCAGAAUCAUAUGUAGUGGUCUUGUCAACUAUGUCCCUCUUGAACAACUUCAGGGCAAAAAGGUUAUUGUUCUUUCAAAUCUGAAACCAAGGAAUAUGCGUGGUGUCAAGUCUUGUGGAAUGCUCAUGGCUGCUUCUGAUGCAAAGCAUGAGAAUGUUGAACUUCUGUUCCCUCCGGAGGAUGCAAUCCUUGGUGAAAGAAUAUGGUUCGGAUCAGAGGAUGAAAAGGAUAAUCAACCUGCUGCUGGCACUCCCAAUCAGAUUCAAAAGAAGAAGAUAUGGGAAACAGUGCAGCCUCAUCUAAAGACAGAUGAUUCUUGUGUUGCAAUGCUGGGGGUGGAUAUCAUGCGUACAUCUGCAGGUUCAGUGGCAUGCCAAUCAUUGAAGAAUGCAAAUAUCUCCUAAUAAGAACCAAUUGCGUUUAGGUGGUGGAUACAUUUGUGCCAUGGCCGAAGAAAUGGGAUGUUUGUUUGUGCAUACUAUUCUGAAUUCGUUGAUCACCCCUACCAAUGGCACCAAGGGAUUGAACUGUCCUUGGACCAACAACCACCAAGUCGUGAUUCUGGUUAGCCAUGCUUCUUCCAUCAUCUACAUGGGGUUUCUCUGCAGGUUCAUCUAGUCAUAAUAUGGCUUCUGUG